ACAUCCUAGUUUAUGCCUAUAUAAUAAAAUUAACCACUUGAUAAACACUUGGUCGAGAAGUGAAAUAUGGGUAGCAAGAUCAGUGGUAUCGUUCUUAUAUGCAUUAUCUUACUUGUUACUUUUAAUUUAGACGUCACCCUCGGUACUCAAGAUCCUGGCAAGCAACCGACGAAAACAUGUACGGCCUAUAUUGAUCGACCACCAUGUACAGAUGAUUUCUGUGCUAAAAAUUGUCCAAACUACACCAAUAAUGCUCCCGUUAUAUCUUCAGUUUGUGAAUUACCAAAGAAAUACCGCUGCAUAUGCACCUUUAAAUGUUAUGCUCCUCCACCUCUUUCCCCAGAAAAUUCAUUUUCCUAUAAUAAUUGAGGCUGGAUCAAAAUUUACAAAAUUUGAUUCUAAUAAUCUACUCUUUUGUUACCUGCUUAUAACACUUUCACCUCAUACUCUUUUUCAGAAUAAUCCAAUAUUGAUUUCUUCGAAUUUAAAUCCCCGUCUGCGUAUCAAAUGAGAUUGCAGAUUUUUGUUAAAGACAACGGAGUUUCGAAAGGUUAAGUAAAAGGGGAGACUGUCAUUAGCAGGCCGAAAAAGAUUAGAUUAUUACAAUUAAAACUUAUAAAUACUAAUAUACACAAUACUACGUACUUCCUCCGUUCUUAAAUAAAUGCAACGGUCAACAUUUCACACUUGCCGAGACACAACUUUGACCAUUAAUAUAAAUGAUUUAGUAUUAGUAAAAAAAUUAAAAAAAAAUAGAUUAUGAAAAUUUACAAUGAGACAAGUUUAACAAUAUUUUUUUCAUAAAAUAAUAUUAUUACAUUAAUAAAUAAAACGUAGUCAAAGUAGAACAUGUGAAUAGUGUGAAAGUCAAAGUGUUGCAUUUAUUUAAGAACGGAGGUAGUAUAUUGUACUCCAUAAUAUCUAAAUGUAUACAAAAAGUAAAUAAAUGUGUGUUGUAUACACACCCUGGAAUAAAUAAAUUUGUUUUACUUACUGGUGGAAUGAUUCGAUGUUACAAUAAUUGUCUUGUUUGGCUAGUUUUCUUACUGCUAAUUAUGAUGACUAGUAUUCCACCCGUGCGUUACACGGGAUGUAAUAUGUAGAUAUUAUAAAUGAUACUCCAUCUUUUCCAUAGAAUAGUUCCUACUUUUGUUUUUUGGACGUUCUAUAUAAAGGUUUUUGUUUCUAUUUUAGAAAACAAUUUACAAUUUGAAAUGACAAUUUAAUCACUGAAUAUUGAAAAAAUUACAUUUAUAACAUCACAUUUAUCAAUAUUAACUCCACUAUACGGAGUAUUACAAACUUAUUAAAAUUAUUUUUCAAAAUAUACUCAAAUUAACUUAUUUAAUUAUUGUUUAAAUAACCCUGUCAUUUUGCCAUGAUUAGUUCGUUCAAUUUCAAUUCAACACCAAAUUAAUGAUUUCAAUUCACACCUACAGCCCAUGAUUAGAAAUUGGGAAUUCAUGGGGGCGGGGUAAAACCGAGAGUGUAAACUAUUUUCCGCCGUUUAAAUUUGGACGGGUGAUGGAAUUUUGAAUUAUACGGGCCAACAAUAUACUUUGUAUGUUAUACUCCAUCCAUUCCAUUGGAUUUUGCCAACUUUCCUUUAUUCAUUAUCCUAAAAAAAUUUGUCACUUUCAUAAUAAAGCAACUAAUUUGUGGUUCUGCACAUUGUCUCUCUCCUCUGCACAAUUUUCAACCACACAAUUUUUACUUUUCUUAUUUUCCACCUACUUUGCACUUGGCAAAGUCCACCGGGAUGGAGGUAGAAUAUGGUUUAUAUAGUAAAACUAAGUUAUUAAUGAUUGAUGUGUUAAUUUUUUAUUGGUUAACAAAAAAAAAAUAUCAUAAAUUUUGUAAAUGUAAAAACAUACGGUUAAACUGGAUAACUACAUAGGCCAAAUUACCAAAUUGGUAAAAAUAAAAGGGUAGACUACCAAAUCGAAAAAAAAACACUUGAGACAUAUUGGUAAAAAAAGAAGCUCUAGACCUCUAGUGACAAAUUGGUAAAUUUUUUUGGGAGUGAGACACUUUGAUCACUGACUUUAGAAUUUUUGACAUUUCAUGUCUAAGUAUUGUGAAAUUGACAUUUUCUGUCCUUUUACUUUUAUUUUGUCAUCAAAAGUGGAAGUUUAAAUAUGUGUUUGAUAACGUCAUAAACAUUUGUAGUUGGUGCACUAUUACUUUGUUCCCAACUGCAAAUGUUUAUGACGUUUUCAAAAGUUACUAACGGUCGUGUUUGAUAAUCACAGUUGUUUGCUAGCUAAUAGUCGGUUGAAUCAAUAAAUUGAUACUAGCCGAUUCAGUUAGCUUUUUAAUUAACCGCUUUCAUGAGCAUUUCAAAAAAAAAAUUAUGAUGGUACCAUGGAUUCUAACCAUGACCCAAUUACGUAAUUAUGUUUGUUUAUCUGUGUGUGUGCGGUGUACUGUGUGUGUGCUCGCAGUGUGUGUGUGUGCAGUGUGUGUGUGUGUAGUGUGUCGGGAUAAAUUUAAAAAACAAUUGUGUCCGGCCCGGCCCGGUCCCGGUACAAACCCGACACGGUACCGAGCUGCAACCCAAACUUUUAGUCCCUCCCAAACCCGUCUCAGGGCCCGGCCUGGCCCGGGAUCGGGCCACCCACUACGUGGUAUAAGAUGUAAACUUAUUGUUUAAUGUAAUGCUUAUUACACAAAUCAAAGUAAUGAGUUUCACAUACGCAAUGACCAUUACAUUACAGUUUAAAAUAAAAUGACAUAUCAAACAUCGUAAUCAAAUCAACAUGUAAUGCUCAUUACAUUACAUUACAUGGUUGAUUACGUCAUACCAAACAUAGCCUUAGGACAAAUAAAAGAUGGAGAAAAUGAAGUUCUUACUUCUCAUUCAUAUCAAUAUUACACCAGAAUACCCACAUUUUGAUGUGUGGGAAAUAAUUGGCCCGUUUAAUGAGAUAUUUUCGUUGUACAAUGAUCAUUGAUCAAGGAGAGGCAACACUUUGGAAUCCUGCCAUAAGGAAGGCCAUUUCUCUUUCACUUUCCCAACACUUUGGAAUCCUGCAAUUCUCUCAGUUUAUAUAUUGGGCACUGAUUCUUGGAAACACUCAAAAGCAGAAGAUAACAUCUGCAGCGACUGAAUGAGCAGAUCUUGUUGCAACACACACUUGGAAGGAAUUUACUAUUGGAGAACAUACAACAACUGCAACAUCAUUGCAUUUGGAAACACUCAAAGCAGGGAGAUAUAGUUGUGUUGCCUGUGUACAACAAUUUUGUGGUUAUGUUUCUGUUUGAACUGCUCAAGACGCAGCAACCAAGUAUUGAUCAUAUAUGGGUUCUGAGUAAGGCAAUGUAUGUGUUGGGCCAAAAUGGUUAGUCUUGGACCAUUAUUUGCUAUCCAAUUAAGAUGCGCGUCCUUGAGGGUGUGUUGGUGGUAACGUAUGAUUGACUAUGCAUUUUAGGAAGUAUUCCUUGUAAUAAAUUAAAUUAGGAAAUUAUAUGUAGCAUAUCAACUAUUUUUGUAAAGUAAUUAUUAGGUCUCUUGUAUAAAAGACAAUGAUGUGUUGGAAAAAAGUGUGUUAAAUUGUAUUAAAUGGUCAUUUUGGG